AAUAUCACAUUUUUCUCUUCUCUCUUUCUUUUAUUUUAUCUCUUCUUUCUUCUUGCUCUUGCUCUUCAUCAAAACAUAUCAAUAGUUAGCCAUGGCAGCUGCAGUAACUGCUGCUGUUUCAUUCCCAUCCUCCUCCAAGUCCACCUCUCUCCCCACCACAACCUCCAUCAUCUCACCUGACAGAAUCUUCUUCAAAAAGGUUCCUUUGCAGGUGGGUGUUGGUGGAAGAGUGGUUUCAGUGAGAGCCCAGGUGACCACAGAGGCUCCUGCUAAGAAGGUUGAGAAAGUAUCAAAGAAGAAUGAGGAAGGUGUUGUCACUAACAAAUUCAAGCCCAAGAAUCCUUACGUUGGUAGGUGCCUUCUCAACACCAAGAUCACUGGCGAUGACGCUCCUGGUGAGACCUGGCACAUGGUUUUCAGCACCGAGGGUGAGGUUCCUUACAGAGAAGGGCAAUCAAUUGGAGUGAUUGCUGAUGGUGAGGACAAGAAUGGAAAGCCUCACAAGCUGAGGUUAUACUCAAUUGCCAGCAGUGCCCUUGGUGAUUUUGGUGACUCCAAAACUGUGUCUCUCUGUGUGAAACGGCUUGUUUACACCAACGACCAAGGAGAAAUUGUUAAAGGAGUCUGUUCAAACUUUUUGUGUGACUUGAAGCCUGGGGCUGAAGUUAAGAUUACUGGACCAGUUGGAAAAGAAAUGCUUAUGCCAAAAGACCCCAAUGCCACUGUUAUCAUGCUCGCAACCGGAACUGGAAUUGCACCAUUCAGAUCCUUCUUGUGGAAGAUGUUCUUCGAGAAGCAUGAGGAUUACGAGUAUAAUGGUUUGGCGUGGCUUUUCUUGGGUGUCCCUACUAGUAGCUCACUUCUAUACAAGGAGGAAUUUGAGAAGAUGAAUGAGAAAUAUCCGGAAAACUUCCGGCUUGAUUUCGCGGUGAGCCGAGAGCAGACGAAUGAGAAGGGAGAGAAGAUGUACAUUCAAACCAGAAUGGCUCAAUAUGCAGAGGAGUUGUGGGAAUUACUCAAGAAGGAAAACACAUAUGUCUACAUGUGUGGACUUAAGGGAAUGGAGAAGGGAAUUGAUGACAUUAUGGUCUCAUUGGCCGCCAAGGAUGGUAUUGAUUGGUUCGAAUACAAGAAGCAGCUGAAGAAGGCAGAGCAAUGGAAUGUGGAAGUCUACUAAUUUCUGAUACCUUGUACAAAGUAUCUUCCCCUUCUUACUUUCUCAUGCGAUUUCCCCAGUUUCCAUUUCCACUGCAUUGGUAUUAGUGUAGAUAGAUAACGUCUUUGUAAUUGGUCUCUCUUCUUUUGUUUUUACUUUUUUUUUUCUUUUUUUUGGUGCCAAUUUUAAACGAAGCAGUUGUAUUAUUAUGGCCUCGACAUGAAUUUUAUUUCUGAGGAACCCUGGGAGAGGUUAAACUAUAAUGGAAGCAAAUUUCAACUUUUUUCUAUAAA